GGGUGGAAUCAGAGGGAGGAAAAGGACUCUUGAAUGAUAGUUCUUAGGAGGAGGUUUGUACGAAUCCUUUCAGGCGAAUUGAAAUGCUUACGGACCCUAGCAACCUGGUUUAUUAUGUGACUUAUAGAAUAUUUUUGAUAAGGAAAGGAGCCAUACACCUAUGACAUCCGCUUCCUUCGACUUUUCGACUUCGAGAAAUUCUUUGGUCGAGAUAUGUUCAAGGAAAAUUUCAAUACACCACAUCUGCUCAUUAUUUUAAAGAUCCACAUCUUCACAAGUUAAUUAAAAUUUUGUUUACUUUACUUGUAGACAUUUAAAAAGAGAGGCUGGUUUUAGAUGUAAAUCACAAUUUUGCAUUCUUAUCUUGCCUUAACUGUUUUGAAUGUUUUUGGUUGUAAUUGCCAACAGCCACUGGCGCACAACAAAUUCAAAGAACCAUGGUCUACUACUGAGAAAAGCUGAUGCAUGAUUCUCCACUUGGGUUUUCCCACCCUCGCGAGAAAAUGUUUGAGAAUUGACUGUAAUAACAUGCAAGCUGACCAGAAAACCAAUUAAUUUUUUUCCUUCUGGUUUUACGUUUGAAAUGUUUGUACUCAGCUUUAUGCUUUAACGUGUUACCUUCUUACACCCUAAGAUCGGUAAGUAUAUCAUCCCUACUGACUUUUCUAUACAUUUCCUAAGGUGCUGAUGAGGAAAAUGCGUUUAACAACCAAGAGCUUGUUGAUAGGCGAUUACUUACUUCAUCCUCGUGACCUUCAUGUUUUUAUUCAUUUCGUAUGUCUUGAUUCAUGUCUUUGAUUCAUCUCGUAGACGUCACUCCUAGGGAUUAAAGGUUUAAAAUUUGCCUGGGGCUAGCUUGAAUGUGUUUUUCUCUGUUAUUUUUUUCACUAGUGCAUAUUGAACCCCCAUGGAUAGACAUAUAUUUCUCUGUGUAUUUGUAUGUCUAUGGACAGUUAAAAUCACUGGCCUUUAUGGUGAAUUCAUCGAAGAGAUAUACACAGGGCAUGAUUUUGGUAGGUAAAGAAACGUGGCCGCUUCACCUAGAUCUAAGCACUAAAGUUGCUAUUUUUGCCUCAGGGAUGCCGGUUCUGAACAGGCUCUCGUGGCUGUUGUUUGAAGGGGAAACGGAGGGUAAUAAAAGCCCACGUCACGAAAUUUUGGUAGAGGAAAGAAUUCCUUUUCAUGUGAUAAAAAGUCAAAGGAAAUCGUUUGUUUGGUUAGAAAAGGAAGGGAAAAGGACCAGAGGCAGAAGUAACUGCAUUCUGGUAUCAUGGAGGUUAUGGGCAAACAUGCUGUUAUUUCAAAGAGAAUAAUAAGCCAAAACAGAACGAAAAUAUUGUGAGGAUUUACAUGGGAUGCACACUUGAAAACUUGGGUUAAAUUUCGCAAUUGAAGACAACUCGAUUUCCUUCGAAGUAAAUAGUUCAGGGACCCGUGCUGUGCGCUGACACAAUUUUAGUUUUUGGUUACAGCUGGGUAAGGAAAUGACAAAUGUAAAAUGUAAUAAAGUCAUUUUUCAUCUGUAUAGGUUUAAAAGACGUCCCUCGCGCAAAAAGACCUUUGUCAGGUACAGAUUUUGAUAAAAUUUCUUUCCUCGUAGGUAAGCCAUUUCGUGAGGCGAGUAACUGAAAUAUAAAUGAGUAGCCAGCGUGCCAACUCAUCGUCUUCAGAGAGGGGUGGGGGGUAGGAACUUUUGAUCCUAGAGUUGUGUAGGCUAAUGUAACCUUAUCUUACCGCAUUUAACUAAUAUGUCGAGCUAAACUUGAAUUGCGUCCAAAUCAGGGGCCUUUCUUUGAAAAGUGGUUUAUGCUACGAUUUUCAUUGAGUUCCACUAUCCUUUCCUGAACGAGUUUGCUUCUGCUCUACCUCUUGGCUAGCUAGCGACUCGAUCGAAAUGGCAAAAUUAAAUUGUAUAUCUUGCAAUAAACUCUGAUUUCAGCACUUUCUAUCGAACAGACUAUUCUUGCUCAGUAAAACACGUCAAAGCUGGCUGCUUUAAUGAUAAGAGAAACCCAUCAUCGAGGGCAAUGAAUGAACUGUUGUUUCAAGAUCGAUACAAAGGAAAAGGGUUCAGCGGUCAGAGAAUAGAUUGGGAAAGAUAUGACUCGUAUCUCCCUGAGUAAGUAUUUAUUUUCUUGUACGUAGAGCGUAUUUUAAGCGAGUUUUGUAAACUCAAAAGUGUAGAAUAAUCUUUAGGUCGUUGACACUACAGAAAUCAGAUAUGCAGCUCUAUAGGCUUCACCUAAUCUGAAAUGCACAUUAUAGCGUGAUUUACUAAAUACUAACAAGUUUCCAUCUAUUCAUUCCGAUCUUCUUUUAGUCUCAUUUGUCGAUGUGCCACGGCUGCAGCCAACAAAGGUUAUUCUUUCUUUGGGAUUCAGUUCUACGGAGAGUGCUGGAGUGCUGCAGACGCAGCACAGCGGUUCAACAUUUACAGUAAAAGCGACAAAUGUGUUGAUACAGAGUUCAAGGUCGGAUGUGACACCAUUAGAAACAAGCCGUGUGCUGGAGUGGCUCAUGUGAACUUUGUUUAUCAAAUAGUUCCAGGUGAGAUAACCGUUAUGGCGAAAAGAAGAGUGCAAAAGGAAGCAUAAAAGAACUACCUCUUAUUUAAAAUAAUUCAAAUAGUGGAAUGCCAUAAAACUAUUUUACAUUAGCGUAUGUAAACACGGUUUUCGUUCCUCUUUCAUUAAUUAUUUUAUAAAAUAAUGUAAAAGAGUUGGGAGAACACUCGAAAUGGAAACCACUUGUCGAUCUUUCGUGGAGAAUUUGAUGGCCGUUUUAUCAUGAUAAGUUUAAUUAUAAGAGUGUUUUUUAAAUCUUUUUAGAAUUUGUGGCCUUUUACAUGAAAAGUUUAGUCCAUUUUAAUAAUUUUAUUAAUCAUUAGUCCAUUUAUAAUAAGUUCACGUCGCAUGUCUUUUAUAACUGACAUGUUACAAUAACGACUUUUUAGAUAAUUUUAUUACUCACUUAAUUCUGUAGAUAUAAUAAUAGGAGGCUUAUUUUUAAGGAGUCUUGUAUUAAGCCUACCUCAGAUUUGUCAUUUUACUUGUAAAUCUGAAAGUUGAUUAAGGUUUAUAUGAAGGUGCUGCAGGUAGCCAAAGGCAGCCAAAUCAGAACCUGAGAAGAAACGAGAGCUUAAUGUUCGCUUUUGAACGUUAUAAUUGUACUCAUCAAAACUUGCGUUUCUCACCCUCCUUUCAGCUUUGUGCACUAACCGCGUGCAAGUCUAUACAUUUUAAAAAUUUGCAAUCCUCAAUCAAAUUCAGUGACCACAUCUAACCUACUGCCUCUUUACAAAACCUCUUGUUGCUAUUCCUGUAGUGCCUUGCGCUAUUGCCGGAAUCUCAGACACUACGAAGCCACUUGUUUAACCUGCCCUCCACUUGCAGGACUCUAGACGUCGGACUGUCUGAGAAUCAGGAGCAACAUGCCUUAGAGGAGCUGAUUCAACUAAAUGGCCUAAAAUAAAUGUUUUUUCUCUCCCUCUUUCUCUCUUAGGAGAUAAUCCAGAUGGGAGUGGUGUGGGGCCACCAAUAAACCCAGAGGAGUACUGACGCUUAAAUGUUCGCCGAGACUGAAGAAAGUGCCAUGUUCAGAAACAUUAAGAUCGUUCUCCUUCAUUGAUCUGUGUUUGGGAGACAGAGAAACAGCAAGUCAUCAUACAAAUUAGCAAAAGUUAUAUCAAGUGGCAUAUGAAUCUUCAGUCAGGGCUUUUUAAAAAAUAUUUUCCUAGUGCACUGUAUGUUUCUUGAAAUAAAUAGCACCAUGUUAUCAGUGUGAUGUUUUAUAAGUUUUUUUUCGGACAAAAACGAGGACAUCAUAGGUUCAUGUUCUUAAUACUAACGAUAAGGAGUAGACUAUGUUACGGCAACACUUUUAAUGUCAGUGGUCGAAUCCGU